AUGGCAAAGCAGUUAGAGCCAACUAAUCAACUUGUGCAGUCUCAUUCUCAAUCCCUUGCCAAGUUAGAGACUCAAGUUGGCCAACUAGCUCAAGCCUUGAACAGAAGAGAGGAUGGCAAGCUUCCUAGUCAACCAGUUGCUAAUCCAAGAGUGCAAUCAAUUACUACUCUGAGAAGUGGUAAGAGAGUUGAAAAUAAGGUAGAAGAAGAGGAAGCAAAGAAGGAUGAAAAUUGGAAGAAUAGACUUGAAGAGAAAAAUGAGCGGAAUGAAAAAGCACAAGAAAUACCUCCAACUACUGAGCCAUCUCCAGAACAAAGGCAUGUUGUUGUGCCAUUCCCUCAGAGACUACAAGAAACAUCAAAGGCAGCAAAGCAAGCAAGUGAACUUCAGGACAUAAUGGAGAUGUUCAAACAGGUGAAGAUUAAUCUCCCAUUGCUUGAUGCAAUUCAGCAAAUUCCAACUUACGCCAAAUUUUUGAAAGAUAUGUGUACUCAGAAGAGGCAUUCAAGUAGCCAUAUUCCUAAGAAGGUGUUAUUAAUUGAGCAAGUCGGUUCCAUAAUCCAGCAUUGCACUGCUACAAAAUUCAAAGAUCCAAGCGCUCCAACAAUUUCAUGCACAAUAGGGAAUCAUCAAAUAGAGCGAGCUCUCUUAGAUUUGGGUGCCAGUGUAAACCUUCUUCCUUAUUCGAUUUAUUUGCAACUCGGAUUAGGAGAAUUAAAGUCUACCUCCAUUAUUCUCCAAUUGGCAGAUAGGUCAACUAAACAGCCUCGUGGUGUUAUCGAAGAUGUAAUCAUCAAAGUAGAUAAAUUCUACUUCCCAGUUGACUUUAUUGUGCUAGAUACCGAGCCCGUUCUGGAACCAAGGAGGCACAUUUCUGUGAUCCUUGGUCGUCCUUUCCUUGCAACAGCAAAUGCGAGCAUAAAUUGUAGGACAGGCAUCAUGGGCGUAUCUUUUGGUAAUAUGAAGGUGCGCUUAAAUAUUUUCAAUGCCAGUCAAUGCCCUUCAGAUAAUAAUGAUUUUUUUCUAGUCGAUGCCAUCGAUGAAUGUGUUGAAAAGAUGACCCCAUUUGUAUUGACAAAAGAUCCACUGGAAGCAUGUCUAUCUUACUUUGAUGCCGAGUCAUUUGAUGUUGAGAAAAGUAUUGAAGAGGUGAAUGCCCUGCUUGAUGUAGCGAGUAUACAUAACACUCCACCAUGGAAGAUUCCUAUUGAGCCACUUCCACAAUUGUCAAGUAAACCACCUAUACCAUCUUUGGAGUGUCCGCCAGAGCUAGAACUGAAGCAGUUACCCUCUCAUAUGAAAUAUGCAUUUCUUGGGCCAGAAAGUACUCUUCUAGUAAUUAUUUCAGCAAAGCUAUCAGACGUACAAGAAGAGAAAUUAUUAGAAGUACUAGCCAACCAUCAAGAAGCUAUUGGCUGGAGUGUGGCUGAUCUCAAAGGGAUUGAUCCCUUAGUAUACAGUCAAUGGGUGAGCCCGAUUCAAGUGGUUCCAAAGAAAUCUGGGAUCACUAUGGUGAAAAAUUCUGGAGUUGCCAUUCAUCCUGACGAUCAGGAGAAGACAACUUUCACCUGUCCAUAUGGUACUUUUGCUUAUCGCCGUAUGCCUUUCGGACUCUGUAAUGCACCAGCCACUUUUCAGAGAUGCAUGAUGGCUAUUUUCUCUGAUAUGAUUGAAAAUUUUCUAAAAGUCUUCAUGGAUAACUUCUCGAUGUUUGGGUCUUCAUUCGAUAAUUGCCUGGAGAAUUUAGUGCUUGUUCUUCAACGAUGUAAAGAGAAGAAUCUAAUCUUAAGUUGGGAGAAAAGUCACUUUAUGGUGCAAGAAGGAAUUGUCCUUGGCCAUAUAAUAUCCAAGAGAGGAAUUGAAGUAGAUAAAGCUAAGGUCGAUCUUAUCUCUAAUAUUCCUCCCCUAUCAUCGAUGAGACAAGCUCCAGAUUGGUCUCUUCCUUUUGAGAUUAUAUGUGAUGCAUCAGACUAUGCAGUUGGCGCCAUCUUGGGUCAGAGAAUGGAGAAAUUGCCAAAAGUAAUUUAUUAUGCAAGCAAGAUCUUAAUAGAGGCACAAUUGAACUAUACCACUACUGAAAAGGAAUUAUUGGCAGUGGUCUUUGCUUUUGACAAGUUUCGCUCUUAUUUGUUGGGUUCCAAAGUUAUUGUGUUUUCUGAUCAUGCAGCUCUUCGACAUUUACUCAACAAAAAGGACACCAAGCCAAGUGGGAAGAAGACAGCAGCAAAGAUUCUUCAUAGUGGUCUAACUUGGCCUUCCUUGUUCAAAGAUGCUCAUAAAUUUGCCAAGGCCUGUGAUCGAUGUCAACAGUUGGCAUUCAAGACACCAAUUGGGAUGUUGCCAUAUCGCUUGGUAUUCGGGAAAGCAUGUCAUUUACCUGUGGAAUUGGAACAUAAAGCUUUUUGGGCCGUGAAAAAAUUGAACUUUGACAUGAGUCAAGCUGGGGCCAAGAGGAGGUUGCAGUUAAGUGAGUUAGAAGAACUUCGCAAUGAUGCUUACGAAAGUGCAAGAAUUUACAAAGCUAGAACCAAGGCGUGUCAUGAUAAGCACAUUGUGAGAAAAUCUUUCAAGCCAGGUAACAAAGUCUGGUUGUUCAACUCCAAGCUGAAGCUAUUUCCAGGGAAAUUGCGCUCAAGAUGGGAUGGUCCAUACCAAGUUCAGGGCUAUCACUAUUUUUGA